AUGCAAAGCGCGGGUCGGCCCUCCGCGAGGGGGACACGCUUUGACCUCCUCGAGAGCCAAGCCAGCCAGCCUCCAGCCAAGGGACAUCCGCACUUAGCUACGCCCUCCGCCUGCACCGUCACUGGUCUGGGUCAGACUCGUUUCUUCCGGGACCAACUCUUGAAGACCAACCAGAGCCGCGAGUGUUGCAGGUUGGGCCAACCAGAGGCGAAGUUGGGAGCCGGGCGGACGGCGGGAAAGGAAGAGACUCCAGCCUCAGUCACCAUGUCCCAGGCCCCUCUGGACUCCUCACCUCCACGCACCAGCUGCCUGGACCUGUGGAGGGAAAAGAAUGACCGGCUAGUUCGACAGGCCAAGGGAUCUCGGCAGUCAGGUUUGUUGCUAAGGCAACAGCAGUUGGCUCAGGAUGCACUGCAAGAGUUCAGGGAACUCCUUCAGAAUCUACAGGGGCUUCCUGCGGCUGUUUCUAAUCUCCCCUUGGAACUUACUGUGAUCUGCAACUUUAUUACGCUGAAAGCGAGCCAUACCCAGGGUUUCACUGAGGACCAGGCCCAGAUUAUCCAACAGGGCCUAGAGAGAGUGCUGGAGGCCCAGGAGGGGCUAGGACCCAAGCUGAAAUUUGGACUCAGGGAGCUGUGGGACUCUGUCCUUCAUGAGUCCUCCCUUCUUCCUGAGCUGCUUCCUGCCUUACACCACCUGGCUGGCCUUCAGGCUGCCUUCUGGCUGAGCUCUGAUUGUUUUGGGGACCUGACCUUGCUGCUGCAAAUGCUUAAUGGCAGCCAGAACGGAGCCUCUGCGGAUCUGCUGCUGCUUCUAAAGUCUUGGAGCCCCCCAUCUGAGGAGUCAGAUGCUCCACUGACCCUGCAGGAUGCUCGGAGUUUAAAAAAUGUCCUCUGGACAGCAUCUGCCCUCCGUCAAGGCCUCCAGGAGCUGAUCACAGGAAGCCUACCUGGGGCACUGAGCAGGCUGCAAGAAGCAACGUUAGCUGUCUGUUUCCGGCCUGUGUUGGUCCAGGUGUACACAGCGCUGGGAACCUGUCUUCGUAAGAUGGGCAACCCACAGAGAGCACUGUUGUACUUGAUUGCAGCCCUGAAAGAGGGAUCCCUCUGGGGUCCCCCACUUCUUGAGGCCUCCAGGCUAUAUCGGCAACUGGGGGACACAGCAGCAGAACUGGAGAGUCUGGAAUUGCUGGUUGAGGCCUUGAGUGCCACCCAGAGCUGUGAAGUCCCCCAGCUUCUUAUUGAGGUGGAAUUGCUACUCCCACAACCUGACCCAGCCUCGCCCCUUUACUGUGGCACACAGAGCCAGGCUAAAUACCUGCUAGCAAGCCGAUGCCUACAAAUGGGCAGGGCAGAGGAGGCUGCAGAGCAUUACUUGGACCUGCUGGCCCUGUUGCUUGAUGGCCUGGAAUCAAAGUUCCCCCCACCCCUUUGUCCUUCAGGACCCAGUAUGCCUGAGGUGUUCUUGGAGGCAGCAGCUGCACUGAUUCAGGCAAACAGAGCCCAGGAUGCUUUGACUGUAUGUGAGGAGCUGCUCAGCCGAACAUCAUCUCUGCUUCCCAAGAUGCCCUGGAUAUGGGAAGAUGUCAGAAUUGGAGCUAAGAAGCCUAUACACUACCCACUCUGGGUCUCUGCCACCCAUCUGCUUCAGGGCCAGGCCUGGGUAAAACUGGGGGUCCAAAAAGAGGCAGUUAGUGAAUUUAGCCGAUGCCUUGAGUUGCUCUUCCGGGCCACACUUGAGGACAAAGAACAAGGGGCUGCCUCCAACUGUGAGCAGAGGUGCAGACCAGAUGUGGCACUGACACAGCUUCGAUUAGCUGCCCUGGUUAGUCGUGGACUGGCAUGGGUGGCCAGUGGCCAGGAUACCAAAGCCUUGCAGGACUUCCUUCUCAGUGUUCAGAUAUGCCCAGGUAAUCGAGAUGCUUCAAUUCACUUGCUUCAGACUCUGAGGAGGCUAGAUCGGAAGAAUGAGGCCACUGCUCUCUGGUGGAGGCUGGAGGCCCAAAGUAAGCUGCCACAGGAAGAUGCCACAUGGUCUCUUCCUUUUUACCUAGAAACUUGUUUGAGCUGGCUCUGCCCUCCUGACAGGGAAACCCUCUUGGAAGAGUUUCGGACAUUUCUGUUGGAGCCUUCUGAUCUGUAG